AUGCUUGUUUAUCGAAGGAUGCCCUUAAUGGAGGGCAAUCAGCGAUACUCCGAUGAAAGAAGAAUAACAAUUAAGGAGCUCGAGUGCUAUCCGUGCCAAGUAUGCGGAAAAUUAAGCGAGUCAUUAAAGGAAUUCAAACGUCAUGAGUUGGAAUGCCUAGCAAAUUGCUCAUCAUUUGAAGCUGAGAAUCCGGAAAGAGCUGAUGAAACGAGUGUGGUUAUGAAUAAUCCUUCAACAUCGACACGAUCUGACAUGGAGCAGAUUGUUUUGAACUCGACGAAAGACGUUCAAGUUCAGACGGAAUCUACAUUGGAACAGAGGGACGAAAUGAGACCUUCAAUUGGUGUGAACGAAAACGAUGAAAUGAGUAUGACGGCUGAGAUAGAUGAUGAGACUCUUUCGAAGCCCGAUUCGACUGUGGAGAAGCAGUCGACAAAACGGAGAAAAAUCGAUGAACGAGAGGGUUUCAACGGUAUUGAAACGCGUUCGGUAUCAGCACCGUCUGCUUCAGCAAUUGCGUCAAAUGACAAUCAGAAUACUCCGCGGACGAAUGCAGCUGGCAGCGAGAAGGUAUUGAACCUAAAGAUUUUUCCGAAUUUGCGAUAUGAAGACGUGAAGAAAAUCAAAGAGAGCAAUCUUCCAUCCGAUUUUCCUGGUAGAUUUUCUAACAUGGCGUGCGACAUUUAUGUCACCAACAUUUAUAAUGGGACGACGAAUAAAAGGAAUAAAAGAGAAUUGAUCGAAAAUUUCCUCAUGGCGCGCUAUCGUAUUGAAAAAGUCGUAUAUUUGGACAUUCUUCAUUUUCUUAAAAUUAUGUAUACUAUAUGCCGAAAAGGCGGACUAUUGAUUUAA